GAAUUAUGAUUUAUAUAAUCAACAGCAACGCCGAUGCCCGCUCUCCCCGUCCUUCGGGUUAAACCAACCCGCCCAAACUCCUUUUGCAACCAAGCCCGACCCGCCCAACACUCACAUGUCAGAUCCACUCCACAGAGACACAGCCUUUGCAUAUAUGCACUAUACAAAGCAUUUGCUCCUCGUUUCUCGAAACUGCUCGGCUUGCUGUGCAUUUUGCUCCAAGAUAUAAUGUGAUCAUCUGAAUCUGAGCUGGAAGAUUGCCAAAAAGGGGCAAUGGAUCAAAAGUCAUGGCUUUGGAAGAAAAAAUCUACUGAGAAAACUUUAGUAGCUGAUAAAGCAAGCAAUUCUUUGAGCAAAAACGAAGAAGAAGUAACUGAGUUGCAGAAGCUUACGAUUGAGAAGACGGGUCUUGAAAAAGACAUUCAGAUAUUAAAUGAAAGGCUUUCGUCUACCCUAUCUGAUUGUAUUGCCAAGGAUAACAUAGCGAAGAAACAGGUGAAAAUUGCAGAGGAAGCUAUUGCAGGUGAUCUACUGUCCAACAGUAUUUUAAAUAUCUUCUCCUGUCCUUUUCGCAUUACACAUAUUCAUUGUGCAGAGAAGAAUUUUCGGACUUUGAUGCUGAGUCUUUCCUUUCACACAUUUAUUUGUUUAGGCUGGGAGAAGGAAAAGACUGAAGCUAUAGCUUUAAAACAAGAACUUGAUAAGGUGUUACAGCAGAAAGCUUCUUCUGAAGAAAGAGUAGACCAUUUGGACGCAGCACUGAAGGAGUGUAUGCAUCAACUACGAUUUGUUCGGGAGGAACAGGAGAGAAGAGUUCAUGGUGCAUUGACAAAGACAUCGGAAGAAUUUGAAAAGAUACAGAGUGGUUUACGUGAACAGCUAGUGGAGGCAUGUAAAAAACAUGCCAAAUUAGAUGCUGAAAACGCACGACUUAGUAACACUUUAUCAGGGAAGGACAAGGUGAUUGAAGACUUGGGCAAAUACAGAAGUCAAUUAGAGGCUGACUUCAAUGCCCUUUUGUUAAGAUCAGAAUGUACUGAAAAAGAAAAUGCAUCUCUGAAGUACGAGGUUCAUGUUCUGGAAAAGGAGCUUGACAUUCGUAGUGAGGAGAGAGAAUUCAAUCGCCGAAUAGCUGAUGUUGCUCAAAGGCAUCAGCAGGAAAGUGCUGUAAAGAUUGCAAAAUUAGAAACAGAAUGUCAAAGGUUGCGUCUCCUUGUUCAAACACGGUUGCCUGGCCCGGCUACUUUGGCGAAAAUGAGAUGUGAAGUAAAAUCACUUGCUAAGGACCAUGCUGAUAUGAACCGAAGAAAAUCAAAUCUUUCUCCUACUACAGCAGAAUUCUCCACUGAAUUGAUUCCUGACAUGUCCAAUGAGAGGAUCAAUCUACUGACUGAGCAAUUGUAUACCAUGGUAGAAGAGAACAGGGCUCUGAAAGAAGCCCUUAAAAAGAAAUCAAGUGAACUUCAACUUUCCAGGAAAACGUAUGCUCCUACAUCUUCCAAAUUUCCACGAGCUGCAGGACUUUUUGAAGAAUCACUUAUAAAAUGCCAAGUUCCCACAGAACCUGGUAAAGACUCAUUUUUGUUGCAACAAAACACACUAGCAGCUUCAUCUGAUGUGGGCAGUGAUGACAAAGCUAGUUGUGCCGAGUCCUUUUCUUCUGCUUUGAUAUUGGAGCUUGAGCAUUUAAAAAAUGAGAAACGAUUAAGAACACCAGCUCAUAGUCAUAUGGCAACUUUAGACAUGAAUCUCAUGGAUGACUUUGCUGAGAUGGAAAAGUUAGCCGUACUUUCACUUGAUGAUCCAGCUGGAAGUCCCAACAGUUCUUCUGAACACAGUAAUGCAGUUCUUGGCAGUCCUGGAAGUCCAUCCGGUGCUAACUCUUCAUCUGAACCCAUUAGGGGCUGUGCACUAAUAUGUGGUAGCCCAUCAGAACAUGUUAUCCCAAGCCAGGAAAUCCAUUCUGGGUGUGUAGCAGGAAAUGGAAUUCCUGAAAAGCUUGGUGACUUGCUGAAGAUGCUUUUGGAGCAUAGCCAUUCAUCUAAAAGAAAUCCCCAAGAUAUACUAGAAGAUAUUAAAUUUGCUUUGGCCCACUGUAGUGUAGAAUCUACUGUUUUUUGCAGCAAUGGAAGUGCUCAUCAUGCUGAGGCGUCAAAUAGUGGAAGUGGCCAUGUCGAGCAGGCAAAUAAAUCUUCAAAUGUGAGGAAUGGAAAUAAUAUAACCAUCUUUGGCAAAGAGAAGAGUGGCCAGAAAUUUGGGCCAAAUGUCAGCAUACCAAUACGGAAAGUUCUUGAGCUACUUGAAGGAAUAAAUAUACAAUCUCAAGAUAAUGGUAUAGAUAAGAAUUCAGGUAACCCAACAGGCUAUACAGUUCGAGUGUUGCAAUGGAAAACUGCUGAGCUUUCUGCCAUUUUGCGGCAAUUUGUUCAAACAUGCAAUGAUUUUUUGAUUGGAACUGCCAAUCUCGAACAGUUUGCCCUCCAAAUAGCUUCCAGUUUAGAAUGGAUCAUGAGUCGCUGCUUUUCCCUACAGGACGUUUCAAGCAUGAAACAUGCUAUCAGGAAUAAUUUGGAUUGGGAUGAUUCAGGAAGUGAGAGCGAGGAAGAAAGUGAACCGGUUAGCCACAUGCAUAACAGUACUAGUAAAAUGGAGGCAUUUCAGCCUCCUCUCAAAGAAGAGGUUAAAAUAUGGAAUGUUGAGUGGCCAAGUAAGGAAUCUGCAGUGGCCACAGGUUCAGAAGGCUGCCUUCACUCAGAAACUUGCAUGCGGGAGUGCUUCAUUCAACCUCAGGAAUCUGAAAAUGGAAAUGGGAAUCUUCACUCAAAAAUAGAAGGUAAAGAGCAAUCGGAGGGUAUAUUUGAAAAUCAACUUGAAAAGCAAAAGAUGAUAAAAGAAGACCUUGAGACCCAGCUUAUGGAAAGUAAUCGUGAACGGGUAAAAGCUUGCGAAAGGAUUUCAUUUAUGGAAAAUGAGCUGGAAAAUAAGAACAACUGUUAUAAGAGACUGGAAGAAACAUGCCAUGAGUUGCAGAUACAGCUAAAAAGUGUGACAAGCAAGGAAGUUCCAGAUAACGGAAAGCACCAGGAGAAGCAACUCUCAGAUGAUUGGGAGAUCACUGCAGCUUCAGAAAAAUUAGCUGAGUGCCAAGAAACCAUCCUAAAUCUCGGGAAGCAAUUAAAGGCAUUGGCUUCACCUUGUGAUGCAGCUCUUUUCGAUAAGGUCAUAUCAGCACCUGCUGAUUCUCCUGUUUUCGUGAAAAAUAUCAGCCGGCGAUCAUCCCUACUCGAUAAGAUGCUGGCAGAGGAUAGUGAUACACGCGGUGCCUCUCCCGAUACCAAAACUGAGAAUCACAAAGGAAAUAUAAACUCUGGUGUUAGUAGCAAUGACGUCACAGAGUCUUCGGCCCAGUCUGUUAAUCCAAAUGGGAUGAUGAAUCAUGAACAAAAGGCUAAAAGUGUUGUUGCUUCAACGGACAUUGUCCCUCGUAAGAAACACGGUGGCACAAGUUUCUUCAAGAGGCUAUUUUGGCGACGUAAGAAAGGUAAAAAUGAUAAAACAACUUUCUCAUAAGCUGCAGUGAAGCCUAUAUCUGAUCUUUUGUUUGCCUGUUUUGUCUUCUCUUUUUCUUUUUCUAGUGAGAGAGAGAGAGUGUGCGCGCUGGUGAAAUUUGUAGUCUCGUGUUCAAAAUUUUUGUGCGUUUCUUGUUGUAAAUAUAACACAAGACGAAAAAUAAAAAAUUAUAUCUACAUUUCACAUUUACAAUACUA